CAGCAGGCCCCGCCCCAGGGUGCAGGCCGGUCUGUCCGAGGUGGCCCGCGGAGCGCUGGCCCAGCCGUCCUGCUGCAGGCAUGUGGCGGCCGCAGUCCGGACACCCGCGUCUCCUCGCCCGCGCGCUGUGCGGCGUCCCGAGGCUCGCUGUCCUGCUGCUGCUGGCGCCGCGGCUCUGGGCCCGGGGCUGCCCGUGCUCGGAGCCUGCGCUCUGCAGCCCGAUCCGCCACCGCCCGGACUUCGAGGUCUUUGUAUUUGAUGUUGGACAGAAAACUUGGAAAUUUUAUGACUGGUCACAGAUUACAACUGUGGCAGUUUUUGGAAAAUAUGACUCAGAACUGAUGUGCUACGCUCAUUCACAAGGAGCCAGAGCAGUGCUGAAAGGAGAUGUGUCCCUAAAGGAAAUCACUGAUCCUACUUUCAGGGCAUCCUGGAUAGCUGACAAGCUUGAUUUGGCCAAAACUCAAUAUAUGGAUGGAAUUAAUAUAGACAUAGAGCAAGAAGUUAAUUGUUUAUCCCCUGAAUAUCAGGCACUGACAGCUUUGGUCAAAGAAACCACAGAAGUCUUCCACCGUGAGAUUGAAGGAUCGCAGGUAACCUUUGAUGUAGCUUGGUCCCCAAAGAGCAUAGACAAAAGGUGCUAUAAUUAUACUGGAAUUGCAGAUGCCUGUGACUUUCUCUUCGUGAUGUCUUAUGAUGAACAGAGUCAGAUCUGGUCGGAAUGUAUUGCAGCAGCCAAUGCUCCCUAUAAUCAGACAUUAACUGGAUAUAGUGACUACAUCAGGAUGGGCAUUAGCCCUAAGAAACUUGUCAUGGGUCUCCCCUGGUACGGUUAUGAUUAUACCUGCCUGAAUCUGUCUGAGGAUGAUACCUGCACCAUUGCAAAAGUCCCUUUUCGGGGGGCUCCUUGCAGUGAUGCUGCAGGACGCCAGGUGCCCUAUAAAGUGAUCAUGAAGCAAGUCAAUAAUUCCAUUUCUGGAAACCAAUGGAAUAAAGAUCAGCAAGCUCCUUAUUAUAACUAUAAAGAUCCUGCUGGCCAUUUUCAUCAAGUGUGGUAUGAUAACCCCCAGAGCAUUUCAUUAAAGGCAGCAUAUAUCCAAAACCAUGGCUUACGGGGUAUUGGCAUGUGGAAUGCAAAUUGUCUUGACUACUCGGAAGAUACUCUCGCCAGACAGCAAACUGAAGAAAUGUGGAAAGCCUUAAAGCCAAAGCUGAGAUGGAAUGAACAUUUUUUGCCAGACUAUUAAGAUUUACAAGAAUGGUCUGUAUAAAUAGAUCUAACUUGUUGAAGAGAUAAAAAUGUAUAUAUUUUGUCAAGUUGCCAUAACUCUACUUCUUAGUAUACUCAAUAAACAGGUAAAAAAAUGAAGAAAUUCUUUAUAUAUGAAAAAUCUGUAUCUUAAAUAUCCAGGAAUUUAAAAGCAAGAAACAAGUCAACUUAAUAUAUUUCUCUGUUUCAACAUUAUAAUUUAAUUAGAAAAAUUGCUUUUAGAUUUUUCUUUUGCCAUAUUUUCCCUCCUGAAAUUAAAAUAUAUAAUGAAACACAUUAUUUUGUGAAAUUAACAUAUAUUAAUAAAGCACUGACAAAAAUUA